AUGUCGCGGUCGGCUUUGGUUAGCACCGAUCGUGAAACUUUCUAUAAAUCUCAGAUUGUCGCUGUACAUAAAGCCUUGAACAAAAAUGAAGUACCACUGAAACCGAAACAUGUGCGUGCACUAAUCGUUGGUACUCAUAGGAACAAGUCAUCAUCAAUAUUUUGGGACACAAUAUCGCGCAUUCAGCUUGAAAAGAACCCUAUAGUUUCGUGGAAAUUCUGUCACCUGCUUCAUAAAUUAAUACGUGAUGGUCAUCCGAAAGUUGUCGAAGAAACUCGGCACUGUAAGCAGCGUAUUGUUCAGCUUGGAAAUUUUUGGCAACAUCUCCAUACCUCGAGUUAUGGUCCAGCAAAUUCUGCAUACUGUAAACUCCUCGUUAAUCGUCUUGACUUUUUAGAACGGAAUCAUCUUUUUCCUGGUAGUCUUCAUUUGUCAGAGACACAAAUGAACACUUUGGUAAAUGGUGAUGUAAAUCAUUCAUUUGAAGUCUCUAUUGAAAUGCUUGACCAAAUGGACAAUUUGUUACACUUACAGUCAAUCGUUUUCGAUGCAAUGGGAGUGGUUCACUGGAAUUCUUUAACUCCUCAAGGUCAAUGCUUACUUGCUCCACUUAUUCUCGUUAUUGUUGAUGCCAGCAAGUUUUACGACUAUUUAGUGAAACUGAUUUUUAAACUCCACGGCCAAAUUUCUCCUGAUGCUUUAAGUGGUCAUCGGGAAAGGUUUAAUGAUAUUUUUGCUAAAACAAAGAGGUUCUUUGAGUUAGCGUCAAAUCUGCAAUACUUCAAGUAUUUGGUCACGAUCCCCAACCUGCCUGAGCAAGCACCAAAUUUUCUUAGGGCAUCUGAUUUGGAAGAUUAUCAAACACCUCAAGCCGUACUUCACUCUGAUGAUGUUAGUGAAAGUGACACACCUCCGGACGGAUCUUCCAUCGCCGAUGAAAGUUUGGUGGAUGCUCGUGCUCGGAUUGAGCAAUAUGAAAACCGCCUUCAGCAGGUUAAAAAUGAAAAUGAUCAUUAUAAGCAGACUCUCGAUGAGCUAAAGAAAGAAAAUGACAGACUUCGUGCAGCGAGUGUUUUGAGCGAAAGACAUGCUGUUGAUGAGACAAGGUUGCAAGAUGCCGAGAAGCGUGCUCAAAAUAGUGAACAGAAUUUUGAAAAAAUGAAAAACGCAUACACUAAUUUAAGGCAAGAACAUAUACAGGCUUUAAAAACGGUAACCAAUCUUCAGAAGGAACUUGCAAAUUCCGAAGGCGAGAAACUAAAUAACGAAGAAGCUGUAAAUAGAUUGGAAAGAAAAGUUGCAGAAAUUGAACAAGAGAAGAUUUUGGCAGAAGAGAAAGCUAAAGGUGCUUUAAGUGCUGCAAAUGAUCUUCAGGGCCAGCUUGCAAGGUGUCACACGGAAAUUGAAAACUUUACUAAGAAUUCUUUGGAAAAACUGGAAGAAUUAUGUUUGAAACUGCCAACAUCAUCCACUGAUGUUAGCAAUGAACAGUUAGGUGCAUUACUGGAGGAUGAAAUGAAAAGGAUGGAUGAAGCGAUACAGAAGGCUGUGAAAAUGUUAGAAGAGAUGCAGAAGAAAAGUCGUGACACUGAUACUGGCGUUCGAUUAGAGGUUAAUGAAAAGGUGCUAGAUUCUUGCAACGCUCUAAUGGCAGCGAUAAUGCAGUUGGUGGCGAAAAGUCGAGCAAUGCAAGACGAGAUUGUUUCUCUUGGUCGUGGUACCGCGUCUCCAAAUGAGUUUUAUAAACGUAAUCACCAAUGGACCGAGGGUCUGCUUUCUGCAGCUAAGGCAGUUGGUGCUGCUGCCAACGUCCUUGUGUACGCCUUUUUUACUUCUGAUAACGCUUUCGAGUUCCUUAUUGUUGCUUCUCAGGAAAUCGCUGCUAGUACUGCCCAGCUUUUCGUAUCUUCUAGAGUGAAAGCAGAUCGCGACUCAAAACGAUUAGCAGAGUUAGCGUCAGCUUCGAAGGCGGUUAAUUCCUGUACUGCCAAUGUAGUUGCUACUGUUAAGUCAGGACAGCAGACUUUAAGUGACUCACAAAACCUAGACUUCAGCCAUUUAUCACUUCAUGAAGCCAAGAAGGAAGAAAUGGAGAGCCAGGUCCGAACGUUGGAGUUGGAAGCUGAUUUAAUGCGUGAAAGAGCUCGGUUUGCAGCGCUAAGGAAACAGCAUUAUCAUCUUGCCUCUUUGGUUGCAAACGAGGUUUAA